AUGGACUUGAGAAACUCUGCACGUGGCUUUACCAAGCUUCAAGCUCAAUUUCGAGGCAAUAAAAGUCGUCGAAUCCAUACAGAGCGCGCACGUAACAAUUUGCCUUGGUCUCCGUUCGUGCCCGCAAAGCUUGAAGCUGUGUAUGCACUGCUGGAGGUAGCAAAUUUACAACCCGGUGAGACGAUGCUUGAUAUCGGUAGUGGUGAUGGCCGCGUCGUCAUUGAAGCUGCGGUGCAGUGUCUAGAGCUCAAAAAAGCUCGAGGCGUUGAGCUUGACGAAGCUCUCGUGGGUCUAUCAAAGCGUCGAAUUCUGGAGCGAGCAAACCAGGAAGCGAUGAAAUCUAUUGGAAGUCACGAGCAAGAUGUAAAACAGAACAAAAUUUCAUUUGCUGCCACAACAUUAAUCGAACGAGUUGAGAUCGUGCAUGCCGACUUUAUGGACGUUGAAAUGAAUGAUGUAGACGUUGUUGUAUUGUUCUUCUUGCCACAUGAGCAACUCGCCAAUGCAUUGCAAACAAAGCUGCGUCCCGGAACGCGUGUAGUGACGUAUGUGUUUCAGAUUGCUCAAUGGAAACCGGUCAAAGUGAUCUCAACUGUACCGUUCAUGACGGCGAAAGGAUCUUCGCCCAUUUACCUUUAUCAAGUGCCAGACGUCACAUGGCGCCAAGGAUAG